AUGGCGAAUGAGCAGCAGUCCGGCAGCAAGAUUCCUGUGUGGAAUGGUGAGGCCUCCACUUUAGAGAGUUUCGAGGAGAAAGUAAAGCUGUGGGUCCUGGGCACGAAGAAGGAUGAUAGAAUCUACCUUGGCCCGCGCCUGGUUCAGGCGAUGGACGAGGACUCGCAGCAGUGGUUCGAGGCGAAGAAGGUGUCGCUCGAUGACCUUGUCAAGGAAGACGGAGCUGAAAAGGUGGUGGAGGCACUCAAGGGAGUUCGAGGCACGGUCACGAUGCAGGAGGCUGUGUCCAAGUGGAGAGAGUUUAUGCGUGGAGUGUAUCGGCAUCCAGGUGAAGGUCCGAAGCGAUGGGUCUCUCGUUUCGACAUCCACCUGAGCAAGAUUGGGAAGGCCCUCCACGCAGUCUGUGAUGAGAUUCCAGCCCAAGGGUUUAUGCACGAAUUCAUCCUAGGGCUGAUCCUGCUGGACGGGACGGGCCUAGAUCCGUCAGAGCAGGCCGCGGUGCUGGCGACCAGCGGCCCCAAGGGCAACUCGUACCUUUAUCAGGACGUGAAGAAGGCACUGGCUGAGCAGUGGUCGGAGGAGCAACUGGCAUCGCGGGACAAGCAGAAGGGGUACAAGGCCAGAAAGGGCGCUCACGCGGUCUUCGACGACGCCGACGAGCUUGCCGCCUACGCCGAGGAGGUCUACGACGAGGCGUACAUCGACGGGUUCGAGGAGGCGGCGGACAUCACGGAGUCAGCGAUGACGGCAGCCGAAGACCUGAUGACUGCCGCGCUCGGUGAAGAGCCCAUAGGAGACGAGGAGCAAGGAGAGGAUGCGCUGGCAGCUGCCGCCUCGACUCACGAGACGAACGAGUGGACGGAGACGGCCUUCGCGGCUUCGAGGACGUUCGUGGAGGCGAGGAAGCUGAUCAACGAGGUCAAGAACGCCAGGGGCUACUUUCCAGUGGUAGGCCUGGGUGCCUACGACGCGCUCCCGACUCAACCCGCCGCUGGAGCUGGGCGCGGACGGGCAGUGAGCCGGGGCGGGCCACCUCGCAAGGGCAAGGGCAAGGAUCGAGGCGGCGUGGCAGGCCGCGGCAAGGGUCGUGGUCAAAGUCAGAAGCGUCCAGCAGCACUUCCGAAGGACUCGAACUCGGGGACCAAUGACAAGUUCAAGGGGGCUUGCCUGCUCUGCGGCGAGCCGGGCCACAAGGCAAGGGACUGCCCCAAUCGGGGCAACGGCGGCGCCCAAGGGGAGAGGCGCCGGGCUUUCAACAGCUUCGUUGGCGCGGCCGACGGCUACAGCAAGAAGGUCGAGUUCGAGGACGUCCAGGACGUGUUCAUCGGCACGGUCAAUGACGAGGGCGAGUCCAAGGACGGCGACGAGGAAGGGCUGGACGAGUUCGUGGCCUUCAGCAUGGACGACUGCAAGGGCUACGCGCUCCUGGACGGUGGAGCGUCCAGGUCUGUUGGAGGCGUGGAGCAGCUAGAGUACGUGAACGAGCGACUGAGCGAGCCCAUGGAGGUCAGCCCGGACAAGAGUCUGGGAUUUUCGUUUGCUGGAGGCGACCGGGCCGACGCGCCCUCACGGGUGACCUUCAAUGUGAAGGUCCUGAACGACGAGGCGGUGAGCAUCUAUGUGCUGGACCGUCAGUCUCCCGUGCUACUGGGAAUCGAUAUGCUGAAGAAGUACGGGCUCGUGAUCGAUUACUUCCACAACACCGUGUACUCCCAUCGGUUCAAGCGUGAGAUCCCCACGAGAGUGCUCCCGUCAGGGCACUUGGCACUGAAUCUUACUGCUCUGGGCAACGAGGGGUCCAACCAUUUCGUGGACCUGAUCAUGUGCAGGGACUGUGGGGAGGUCCUGUUCAAGCACCACUUCACGAAGACAAGCGACCAGAUGCUCUUCCAGUGUGUGCGCUCCCGACAGUACAUCAACCGCCUGGAGACCACGGGUACGGCCCAGCCCGCGUCGCCCAUGGUAAACCAGUCGAGCUCCUCGGACAGCGAGGCCAUGACGGCGACAACGGCGCCUACGUCAAGGCCUCCACCGACCCCUCCAGGGGCUCCCAAGAAGCUGCCCGAGCGCCUGUCGGCCGAGGUGAUUCGGAAGCUCACGGACACGGAGGUGCAGCAGAUCAUCGAGAGCGAGAGGAUCAAGAUCCGCCUGGAGGAGCAGCAGCGCCUCGCGCAGGAGAUUCUCCAGAAGGGCCUCAUCGACACGCCGACGGACCAGCCGGAGGCGGACGACAGGAAUGCCGAGGCCAGAGGAUCUGCCGACCCCGUCGGGAAUGCCGAGGCCAGCCGGAGACUUUCAUCUCGUGUGAAGAGCUGUGUGCUUGGAGCGCUGAUCGCGGCGACGACAGCUCUGGGAAAGAUGCCGGGCACCGCCUGGGAGGCAGCCGAGACCUAUGGUAGGCUGGACCUCGCAGAAGUGGCCUGCGUGUCCGACUCCAGGCUCACGCACGCGAUGAUCGAGCAAGGAGGCAAGGCCGAGAGAUUCAGCAACUGGAACGGGUAUGACUUUUCCACCAGGUCUGGUGCAGAGAAGCUCGUGAAAGUACUGCGGGUCAAGAGGCCUCGAAGAGUUUGGUUUUCCCCACCGUGCGGAGCAGAAUGCCCAUGGCAGAAUCUGAACCCCGUAACGGCGGAGUCAGAGAAGAAGCUGAUCAAGACCAGACGUAUCCAGAGGAACGUCAAAUGGGCUAUCGGUCAGCUGCUGAACGAGGGUUUCUGUGACAUAUACCUUGAGCAGUCAGGACGCUGCAGAUCUUGGACAGGCAACUUCAAGGAGCUCAAGGAGUCCAUGCACGGCUGCAGGAUUCACGGAUGCAUGUAUGAUAUGAGAGACGAGCAGAACGGUCUCCUCAUACGCAAGGACUGGCACAUCGCGACCACAGACCCGCAGUUCGAGAAGAAGGUUGGGAGGAUUUGUCCAGAUCUGCAUCUGCAUAUGCCGCUGGAGGGCGGCACGAGAGUGGCUCUUUCAGCGAAUUAUCCCGUGAACAUGUGCAGGAGGAUCGCCCAGCACUUCAUGACCAGGGCCACCUCGGACGAGGCCCUCGCCUAUCUGGUGCAGGCCCACAACGAGCUGGACGACGAACUGUGUGCAGCGGGCUACAGGCGAUUGCGGCUCCUGAAGGUCAAGGAGAAGGAGCAGGCGGACCAGUACCAGCUCCUGAUCCUGACGACCCUGGAGAUGCUCAAGGUCCUCCAGAAGGCGAGGUCUCGCAAGGCGGACCAGAAGCUCAUUGAUCUUUGCAGCCACUACGAGUGUCCAGCCUGCAAGGGUGUCGAGGAGCAUUGUGGCAACACCACCGCGAAGGAGAUGCAGGAGGUAGUGCUGAAGGACUGGAUCCACCACUACGGCAAGCCGGAGGUCUUCAGGACAGAUCCCGAAGGUUGCUUCAAGCAGGUCGAGCAGCGCGCCUGGGUCUCGGGUAACGGCAUGGAGUGGAGACCAGAACCCGGAGAAGCUCACUGGCGAAUGGGAGUGAUCGAAAGAUGCAUCGAGACGAUCAAGGAGAUCGCCACUCGCCUCGCCUGGGAGCUACCAGAUGACACCGAGCCCGCGGACAUCUUUCGCUGGGCUUGCGUGGCUAACAACGACCUGAUGCGACACCAAGGCUACAGCCCGAUGAUGCUCAUGAUGGGUCGUACCCCGUCGGGGCAGGGCUUAGAGCAAGUGGAGAAUCCUUCAGUCCUGAGCGCCAAUGUGGUGGACAAGCAUUUCCAGGAGGUCACGCGCAUCAAGGCGGCGGCUUACAAGGCGUGCGUGGACCACUACCUGUCGGAGAAGACGAAGCGCGCUCUGCUGGCCAAGACGAGGCCGUUCAAGACAUGGGAGCCUGGUGAGAAGGCACACUACUGGCGAGGUGCGAAAGGUAACAGCCACAAGACUCGGCCAGGUAUAGCUGGUCGAUUUCACGGUCCCGCCACGGUCUUGAUGCAGGAGCGCGAGAUGAAGAAUGAGGUUGCGGUGCGACGAGGAGAUGUCUGGCUUGUUGACGGUGACCGUCUUGUACGAGCAGCGGCCGCUCACCUCCGCACGACUACGAAAGCGGAGCAGACCCUGGAGAGCAUCUCCGCAGGGAGCUCCGACCACUUCAAGAAGAUUCUGCAGAAAGUACCGACACUUGUCAUGCCCGAGCUCGGUCGUGCCGAUCCCGAGUCUGAGAGCAGUGCGAGUUGGACCUCACCCUGGGAGUAUGAUCAGAAGACGAAGGCUUCCGACCUGGUGGGUUUCGUGGGCGAGGACGAGCCGAACCUCGCGAUCAUGGUCGGUUUCGCGCUGGAGGAGUCGGAUGUGGAUCAACUCAGCCGGAGGCCUGACAAGGCCCUCGCUGCGAUGGUCAAACAGAACAAGGUCGAGGUGAAGCUCAAGAACCUCACGGCAGAGGACCGUGAGAAGCUCCCGAUCGCGAAGGGUAACGAGAUCAAGUCGUUCCUCAAGUAUCGAGUUUGCGAGGCGGCCAGUCGUGCUGGAGUACACCCAGGUGCUCUGAUGAAGAUGAGAUGGGUCAUUACAAGGAAGGAGACCGGCGACCUCAAGGCUCGGUUGGUGGUUCUUGGCUUUACCGAUCCGGGUCUGGCCGUAGCCCACGUGGACGACUUCAUGAUCGCGAUUGACCAGCACUCGGACUUUGCAGUGGACGCCCUGCAGCAGCUCCAUCAAGCCUAUCCGGUGACAUCGUCAGAAGCUACCCGCCUGCGAGCUGCCUCUGGUCAGCUCAUGUGGUUGGCUACGCAGGGCGCGCCCCUCAUCGGGGCAGAACUGUCACUGCUGUUGGCAUACAGUAACUCCGCAACAGUGAAUACUCUCCUGCAGGCCAACAAGCUCAUCAGGCGCACCAAGUUCGAGGCGACCAAGGAGCUCAUCAUGGAGAAACAUGCGAAUCCGUGUGUGGUCGGCUAUUCGGACGCAGCCUGGAAUGUUCGACGGGAUGGUUCUUCACAAGGUGGUUUCUUAAUUUUUCUGACAGAUUAUACCUUGAUGCAGAACCGAGAGGCGCCGAUAUCUCUGCUGGCCUGGGCAUCUGCAAAGUUGCCAAGGGUGUGUCGGAGCUCGAGUGCGGCCGAAGUACAGGCCGCCAGUGAAGCUCAAGAGGAACUGGAGUUCUGCAGGCUGCUGCUGAGCGAGAUCCUGUUGGGACCAGCGCCUCUGAAGCAGUGGACUUCGAGCUGUGCGAAGAUUCCUGGUGCCCUGGUCCUGGACUGCCGCGGCGUGUUCGAUGCCCUGGAUCGGUCAGAGAGCAGCGCCCUCGGCAUGAAAAACAAGAGGAGCGCGCUGGAGGCCCUGGCCCUCAAACGCGGCAUGGCCGCCACGUCGACAUCCCUGCGGUGGUGUCACAGCGGUGCGCAGCUGAGCGAUUGUAUGACCAAGAACUCGGAGAAGGCUCGUGCCAGCUACAACCUGUGGCUACAGCGAGGUACAUGGAAGCUGAUAUACGAUGCUAACUUCAUCUCCGAAAAGCAGAGGAAACAACGAGGACUGCAGACACUAGACCAGGCUACAUAUUUUGCAGUCGAUGACGAUGAUGCCUGGCAGUUGUACCCAGAGGAUUUGGAGAUCGAGGAGGAGAUAGAUAUUCCCCAG